CGGCCCGGGAGUAGGAAGGAGCUGGGGCUGCAGCCGGAGUAGAGCGGCUGCCAGCCGAGGAGCAGGCGCGGCCGCGGCGCCAUAUUGCGGCCCUAAGCGGCCGCGACCGAGUCAUGGCCGAAACCUACGGCGGAACCUGCGUAGAUGAGGCUGGACUGUGUGAAUGGCAGAGGUCGAGUUUAAUGGACUAUGGGAUUCCUGAAGGGAUGCUGCGGACCCUGGGAUUGCUUUGGCUUGAGAGACUUCCUCUUCAAAUUCCUGGUGAUUGGAAGUGCAGGAACUGGCAAAUCAUGUCUCCUUCAUCAGUUCAUUGAAAAUAAAUUCAAACAGGACUCCAACCACACGAUCGGCGUGGAGUUCGGAUCUCGGGUAGUCAACGUGGGUGGGAAGACUGUGAAACUACAGAUUUGGGACACAGCUGGCCAGGAACGGUUUCGGUCGGUGACGCGGAGUUACUACCGAGGGGCGGCUGGAGCCCUGCUGGUGUACGACAUCACCAGCCGGGAGACUUACAACUCACUGGCUGCCUGGCUGACGGACGCCCGCACGCUGGCCAGCCCCAACAUCGUAGUCAUCCUCUGUGGCAACAAGAAGGACCUGGACCCUGAGCGUGAGGUCACUUUCCUGGAGGCCUCCCGCUUUGCCCAGGAGAACGAGCUAAUGUUCCUGGAAACUAGCGCUCUCACUGGGGAGAACGUGGAGGAGGCUUUCCUGAAGUGUGCCCGCACCAUCUUGAACAAGAUCGAUUCAGGCGAGCUCGACCCUGAGAGGAUGGGCUCAGGCAUUCAGUAUGGUGACGCUUCCCUCCGCCAGCUGCGGCAGCCUCGGAGUGCCCAGGCUGUGGCCCCUCAGCCCUGUGGCUGCUGAGACCUGCAGUGCCAGCUCACCUGUUCUCCAGGACCAGCCCUGCCCUUCCGGCUGGGGCCCAGACCCAGGCCCCGGGAGACCAAGCCCCUCACCUGCCCUGGCUCCCUGAGAAGCUGCCCUGCCACCUGUCCCCCUUCCCUGGCCUGGUGGGGCCUGGCUGAGGGGCAAGACUGAGCCACGGGGGAAAGGGAAAUCCAUACCUGCUGCUGCUUCCUCUGUCUUGGCUAACCCCUGUUCCUCCUGAACCUCUAGCCAUUCAUUCUCUAAGAGUUCCCAAAACCUGAGACCAGGGCCAUUUGGCCCCAGCUCCCCUGGCCCUGCCAUUGUGAGUACGAGUUAUUUAUUACCUGGAG